AUGGGUGGUUCUUUAAAGAGAGGUGCUGGCAAUGAAAAACAUAGUGAUGAGUUAUCUCAUGAAAGGUAUAGAAAUGCAUUGGAGAUAGAGAGAUCUAACCAUGCAAACGAAUUGGCAAAAAGAGCAGAGAAGUUGAGGUUAAUAUAUAAAACUAGGUUUGAAGAAGAUUUACGCGCAUUUAUGGUUUCUCACAAAGUUCAUGACAGAUGCUUAAAUUCACAUAUUUUCAAGUUUAACAACUCCAAGCCUUCAAAAACAGGUAAUAUUUGCGCACAAAAAUGUAGAAUGGCUUCCAAAUACACGCAAAACAACUCAGAGGUUCAAAAAUCAUCCUUUAUUCCAACCUGGGCAUGGCCAGCAUCACUAAGAAAUAGUGAAGAUGUAAAGCCGAUAGCAUUAUUUUACACAGCGGAAACGAACGUACCAAUUUCACCAUCACAAGUUGGUGGUAAACAUAACAAAAAACUAACUCAAAUCUGCGACUAUACUAAAACCUAUUCCAAGAACAAUACAAGUUUGCUUAAAAAUUUUAAAAUAUCUAAGGAAAAAGGCCAAGAAAAAUUAAAUAAUCAACCUAUAGUUGAUACAAAUAAUUAUAAGCAGAAUCAAAGGCAGAAGCUUCGUUCAAAAUAUGGUGCUCCUUUUACCUGGAUUCAAAAUAACUCAAGAAAUAAUGCAGAAAGUAUCCCAUCUCCACUAGAAAGUCCUUCGGAUAUUUCAACUCCUCGAGUAUUCACAGAAAUCCCAAAACAGCCAAGUAUCUAUCCUCUUGAGUUGGAACGUAAUAUUAACACAAAUAGCAAUUCGGAUAUUUCAGAAUUUAUUAAGAAAUCACUGAGAAUGCAAAAAGCUUUAGAAUUUUUAAUUGGACAUAAUCCAGAAAAUACGAUUAGAAAAAUAAACGCUAUCAAUACGUCAAUUUAUUCAGAAGUUAAGUAA